AGAAUAUUCAGUUUAACUUUCCCAUCUCCCAACUCCUCAUCGCCAUCCUCAAUUUUUUUUACCUCCAAAAUCCGACUCCCAACUGCUCUUCCUCCUUCUCAUCUCAACCACACACACAAUGCCACGAUCACUAACCGAAGACGAGAUCGACGAUCUGAUCUACGCUGCUCGCGCGGAUGACUUGGAUAGCCUGAAGACGUCGGUGGAGGCGCUGAGUAAAGAGCUUGAGCAGACCGAGGCUGAGGUGCUGUUGGUGGCUGUUGAUCCUUAUAGUAAAAGCACACCGCUGCAUAUGGCUUGUGCUAAUGGAAAUCUUGACAUCGUCGAGUACAUCCUCUCGCACUUCCCAACCUCCUCAACAGACACCACGACCCCCGUCACCCUAAAAAACGACUCUGGCAACACCCCGCUCCACUGGGCCUGUCUGAACGGCCACCAGGCGAUUGUCGAGAAACUCUGCGACGCGGGCGCGGAUCCGUUCGUCAAGAACCUCGCGGGUCAGGACGCGCUGUUCCAGGCGGAGAAUAACGAGAAGCUGGAGGUGGUGGAUUACAUCCUGACGCGGUUCCAGGAUGUGUUGGAGGCGGAGGAGGAGGAGAAGGAUAGACAGGCUGAGUUGGCGGAGAAGGAGGCGGGUGGGAGUGGAGAUGCGGAGACUGAGGAGAUCAGCGCGGAGGUGGAGAAGUUGGAGAUUCAGGAGUCGACAGAUUGAGUUGACUACAUUGUAAAUACACGAGAAAUAGAGCAAGAACUGACUACAUCAGU